CUCUCAUCCGUGUCUACCUCUAUCGUCCACGCCACACAUUUGGAAAAACACACCCGGAGUCAACAACGCAUGGCUCGCAGAAGAAAGCGCGGCCCGAAUGUAAAGCCCCGGCAAACUCGGCGUCCGGGGGUACGGGUCUGUCCGAGAGGGACGGCGGGGCAGAAGCUGAGAGCGGAUUGGAGAGGGAGAUAAAAACUAUGUGCAUCAGACCCCACGAGGCCGGGUGUGGGAUGGAGAUCGCGGAAGCCACAAGCUCAUUCUUUGAAGAGAUGAAGGAAAUUGAAAAAACUUCCGCACGACUAACCGAGAAGAAAAGGACAAAAAAAGGAGAUCCUCACUACAGAUCCAGCAGAUCACUAGAUUCACACGCAGUUGUAAGAAACAGUACAGAGGGAAAGAGAAAGAGUUUACCGGUUCCUUCCAGCGGUAACAUCCUGUGCAACAGUAUCAGCCGCAGGACGCCGAGUGGAUACAGUGAAGGCAGUGACGGCCUCAGCAGGCUUUUCCGCAGUCCCGUCACAAUGGGGGGCUGGAAGUUCUGGCAGGGACAGGCCGCUGGAUCCAGCCCGUCCGCGAUGACCCCAGCGCUGCGGCAGCACCCACACGUGAGGCCAGUGCGUCGCCUGAAGUCUGCUCUGCGUGGAGGACACAGAACCAUCACCGCAGGGACGUGGUCACCAGCCACGCACAGACGGUUUCGGCCGCGCACAGAAGGCUGUGUCCGCCGCCUGUCCGGCCGUCCCCCUCCGGGGCCCCAGGCGGAUUCUGGGGGAUGUUCUGCCCUGGGGGUGUGCCACCGCGUACUCAGGACACAUUCACCAGAUUCAAAGCUGCCCCGAAGAAUGGAGUUGGGCCGGCGUGAAAGCAGGAAGACCCGUGACCCUGCCGGGGGGCCUGCACCUGCUGUGUCGGCCCCGGGGCCCUUCCCCGUGUCUGCGGGGUUCGCCUCCUCCCUUCAUUCAGGUUCUGGAGAAAGCUUUGGGCCAAGGACUCCCCAGACCACCGGUGAGAUUCUGAGCCGCCCCCUGUUCCCAGGACACGUCUUUCCAGCUCCUGCUCUCCCUGGCCCAGCCCGCUUCCAGCUGGUGCCACGUUGACCCCUCCGUGUAGGACGGGUCUGUGCUCUAGGAGGCUUUCUCCAUUACAGAAAACCCACCCGGCCAAGCGUCUGCACGCAGUGGGGGUCUGUAGGCUGCCGGACGGAAGGACCAGUUUCACCACCUGCGCUCUCCUACCGCUGAGGGUGGGGCCGGGGCCUGGCGGGGGCAGGGGUGCGGCGGUCACGCGGUGGCCCAGGAGCCUCCUGGACUCCGGCGUCUGCUCUCCAGCUUGCACACGGCUCACUCCUAACGCUCCCGUGACUUCGGGGAGCCCGUGACGUGGAGGACAGCCUUCUGCUGGUUCCUGUGGAUGAGGUUCUCAGAGGUGCAGCCAGGACAGCGGGACAAAGGCCACAGCACAGGAGGCUCAGUCCUUGGCAAGCGGGGCAGGGAGUGUUCCGGAAGUCCUUGGUCAGACCCCGGCUGUGAGGCUGGGACUCACGGAGACUUAACCCGUCUGUUCCCUGUUCUGCCCGGGGCCGGUCUGGGACGCCCCCGCAGCAGAGCCCCAGGGGAGAUUUGGCUGGUGCUUAGCCCUGGGGGCAGUGACUGGGGCUGAGACCUGUGUCCUGGGUCACGCAACAGGCACACCCGCAUCCUUCGGAAGCCCACAGGUCACGGUGGCCGGCUCAGAGUCCCCCUGUGUCUCGUUUCUGCCCAGCGCGCCCCUUCCCACCCUCCUGGCCCUGUGCCCCCAGCAUGGCAGUCACCAAGGGCCCUUGUCCCUCUCUCUGCUGGGGCUGGGGCCUGGCCCUCCUGCUCCCAGUGACUGUCCUGCCGCGCUCGACCCCCCUCCGUCGCCUGCUCCCCCCAGAGGCUCCUUCCUUGCGCUGCUCCUGAUGCUUCCGAACCCUGAGCUGGUCACCCCCUGCGGUGUUGGCGGGGAGGUGGGGCUGCUUGUGUCCAGCAUUGUCCCCCAGACCCCCUUCUUCUGGGCUAUCAGACCACCGAAGCAUGGGCUCGGGGUCUUCUCAUGGGGCCUUCCUGGGUGAGCCUGGUGACAACAGAGGCCAGUCCCCGGCUGUGGCCUUGGCUCGGUUCCAUGGGGCAGAUCUGCAGCACCAGCUCUGGGCGGCCUCCAGAGACGGAUGGACAUGGGAUGUGGUGCAGAGGGUGAGGCCCGUGGCCUUUGUGGCCCCCGCAGACUCUGCACGGGGCCCCAGGAGCACCGUGUAGCCCUAGCUGGGCGACCGUGCCGCAGGGUGCCGUCUGGGGGAUGACGGCCGGCCUGGGACAGGGGCAGGCCUGGCAGGACUGGGGCCUGGGCGUGCAGCCUGGACUCAGAGCCGCUCCUCUCUGCUCCCUCCUUCCAACUCUGCGUUCUUGGCAGCGAACGCUCUCAAGAUCCCGCCGCUUAGUGCUCCAGAAGGGAGAAGCUGCUCCGCCAGGCCCUGCCUUCCGGCUGUCCAGUAGAGGGUGCUCUGCCCACCCCGGGGGCGGCACCGUCCUCUCCUUCCUCCGGUGCUGGGUACUGGACCCAGUGGGUGCCUGUGGUCAUUCUCAGCGACUUUGGUCGGUGGGCUCCCCUCCGUGCGCGGUUCCUGUGCAGGCUGGAUGGACGACUUCUGAGCCAACCCCCCACCCCCCGCCCCCGACUCAGCCUAUUGUGCUGGAGAAAGGGAGUGAACCUCCACCCUUCUGAGACUUGGUGGGCUUCAGCCUGGCAGGACAGCCAGGGGACAGCAGAGGAGCAGCGAGGGGCAGCAGGGGACAGCAGGGGGCAGCAGAGGACAGCCGAGGGGC